AUGUCUGUGAGACCAUUAAACAUUGAUCUACUUCCUAGUUACUCCGAAGCCAUUCCUUCUGAACCACCUCCAUCGUAUUUUGAAGUAUUUGCUCCGCAAUUACCAGUCUCACGAAGUUCAUCAAUUGUUAUCCCAGAAGAAGAACCACCAAUUUCUACUAUUCAAAUUGAAUCUCAAGCAAGAGAAGCAAGGCAAAGAAGUAAGAUUUACACAUUUAGAUGCUCAUGAUGUAUUCUAUGUUUCUAGGACCACCAACUCGUAAAGUAAAACGAGAUAUGCGUAGUCUGAUGUGUCUUUCAUUUGGUUUCUUGAUAUUGAUAGGAUUGAUUAUCUUAUGUUUGUGA